UUUUGUUGCUCUCUUUUGCUUUUCCUGUCAAUCAAGCAGUUUCCUUUGCCAAGUAUUUCUUUCUUCGACACCCCAGUUUCGGGGAAUAUCAGUAGAGACAGACCAACUAUUUUUUCAAGGAAAUCGAAGAGAGAGAGAGAGAGAGAGGGAGGGAGGUUCUUGUUUUGUUUUAUCUUGUUUUUCGGUAGGUGUUCUUCCACCCCGGUUGCUUUUCUUUAUUUCUCAACAAUCUAACAGUGGCCUCUGUUUUCAAGAAUACCAAACUCCCAUUUUCUCAGAAUCACGUGUAAAGGGUACACAUUUGGAGCAAAUGAGAUAGAAACCCUGCUGGUGUUUUUCUUUUCAGUUGUUUCGUGGUUUGUUUUAGUCAUUUAGGUUGUUGGAAACAUGGGUUCUGGUUUUCUGUUGGAGCUGACAUCGUUGGUAGAAAGAAACAUUGAUCUGGGGUAGGAAGAGAAAGGUGAAAAACAGGUUCUUGAGAUUGGAGUGUUUGAAAUAGAAUGAGCAAAGAUUUGAGUGGCACUGCCAAGGUUGUGGAAACGAAGGUGAGGAAGUCACCAGCAACUGCAAGGAGAAGAUCAAACAGCAUAUUUGCAACAAUGUCAGUGGCCCAUGUGGAUGAUGAUGAAGUUCACAAUCCUGAUGAGGUUUAUCAUGUUGAGAAGGUUUUCCCCAACGGGGACAUGUAUAUGGGCCAGUGGGCAGACAACUGCCCCCAUGGCCACGGCAAGUACUUGUGGGCAGAUGGUUGUAUGUAUGUGGGUGAUUGGUGUAGAGGCAAGACCAUGGGGAAAGGGAAGUUUAGUUGGCCUUGUGGUGCUACUUAUGAGGGCCAAUUCAAGAAUGGUUAUAUGGAUGGUGAGGGUACCUAUACAGGGUCCUUAAAUGACACCUAUAGAGGCACUUGGGUGUUCAAUAUGAGGCACGGAAAUGGGGUUCGGAGUUAUGAAAAUGGCGAUUAUUAUGAAGGGCAAUGGCGGCGUGGGCAGCCCGAUGGUAAGGGAAGGUAUCAAUGGAGUAAUGGGAAUCAUUACAUUGGCCAUUGGAAGAAUGGGAAGAUGAGUGGCAUGGGUACGAUGAUUUGGGCUAAUGGGAAUCAAUAUGACGGUUGUUGGCAGGAGGGAUUGCCUAGAGGAAAUGGGACGUUCCGGUGGACGGAUGGGAGCUUUUAUGUAGGGGUUUGGAGUGAGGAUCCAAGGGAGCAGAGUGGGACUUACUAUCCAUCAAGUUCUCAGAUAGGCAGUUUGGAUUGGGAUCCUCAGGAAGUGUAUUUGGUCAACUUGAGUGAUUGUGGAAUAUGUCCUGGAGAGAAGAUUCCAGUAUUCCCUUCGCAGAAAACGGUUAACUGGCCGUGUGUGGUGAAGUCCUUGCAGAAGAAUUCAGGGUUCAAGAAUUACAAAGUGAAUGAGGGGAGGCCGAGGAGAGCAUCCGUGGACGGAAGGCUGAGCAAUGGUGACAGUAGCUUGGGGUCAGAAUCUGAUUUAAGCUCUGAAGGUAGUAAUGAAUGUUUAAGAUCCGAAAGAGAAGUAGAUGGAGGGGUGGCUGCUGAAGAAUUAGAUACAUUGCGAGGGUAUAGACGACAUCAUAUCGUACUAAAGCCAGCAAAACGGCAGGGACACACAAUAUCUAAAGGCCACAAGAAUUAUGAACUCAUGCUGAAUUUGCAGCUAGGAAUAAGACAUUCGGUAGGGAGGCCUGCUCCAGCUACGUCCCUUGAUCUAAAAGCUACAGCAUUUGAUCCCAGGGACAAAAUAUGGACCAAAUUUCCGCCAGAAGGAUCUAAGCAUACUCCACCUCACCAAUCAUGUGAAUUCAAAUGGAAGGAUUACUGUCCGUUGGUUUUCAGGACACUUAGAAAACUAUUUAAUGUGGAUCCGGCAGAUUACAUGAUGUCAAUAUGCGGAAAUGAUGCCCUCAGGGAGCUCUCGUCACCUGGAAAAAGUGGAAGCUUCUUUUACUUGACCAAUGAUGACAAAUACAUGAUAAAAACCAUGAAGAAGUCAGAAGUAAAAGUGCUUAAAAGAAUGCUUCCAGCUUAUUAUAAUCAUGUUCGGGCGUUUGAGAACACCCUAUUAACCAGAUUCUUUGGCCUUCAUUGCGUGAAGAUGACGGGGCCUUCACAGAAGAAGGUGCGCUUUGUCAUUAUGGGAAAUUUGUUCUGUACUGAUUAUGCCAUUCACAGACGUUUCGACUUGAAAGGUUCUUCCCACGGUCGCUCGACUACCAAACCUGAAUCUGAGGUUGAUUCGUCGACCACCCUCAAGGAUCUUGAUUUGAAUUUUAUCUUCCGGUUGCAGAAGUCUUGGUUCCAAGAGUUCUGCAGGCAAGUGGACCGAGAUAUUGACUUUCUCGAACAGGAGAGGAUUAUGGAUUACAGUCUUCUGGUCGGCGUUCACUUCAGAGAAAUAUCACAUUCGGGGAAACCACUGAAUACUUACACUAAUGCUUCCAAAGAUCCCACACAUAUUGGGAAUGGAAUCAGUGAAGGAUCAGCUCCUCGAUUAUCCAGGGCAGAUUUCAAUCUCCUCUUUGAUACUAAUCGGUGGGCAUCAAUUAGAUUAGGUUCCAACAUGCCUGCACGAGCCGAGCUAACUGUGAGAAGAAACAGUUGCGAGCUUCAGCUGGUUGGGGAGCCGACGGGGGAGUUCUACGAUGUCAUCCUAGUGUUUGGCAUAAUAGACAUACUACAAGAUUACGAUAUCAGCAAGAAGCUCGAACACGCAUACAAGUCAUUCCAAUACGACCCCGCUUCAAUAUCUGCUGUCGAUCCCAGACAGUACUCCAAGCGUUUCCGUGAUUUCAUAUUCAGAAUCUUCAUAGAAGACAGUUGAAACACCGGUACAUCCCACUUUCUUCUAGUAGCCCACACUGCACAGCUGAGAUUGUGGGCACAACCACCAUUGCUUCCUGGACAAUACACGCUACGUUUUUGGCUGGGCAACAAAAAUGCUUGGCCUUGCCGGGUGAUGGUGCCUCUAUUAUCGCUCGUUGCUGUAGAUAGGUUUCUUGAUCUUACUGUAUUUAUAGAUACAGAUAGGUUGGACGACGACCGGUUAAGCCAUGGUGUGGCAGUGAGAGCCGAGGCACCCACUGCAAAAUGUAAAAGGGAAUACAAGGGUGAAACUGAGUCUUCAGGCUCCAUUUUUUGUACUAAUUUUUUUUUGUCCCAGAAGGUGAGGGAGUCUCUCUGGGCAAAUAGCAAUGGAAAUACAAGGGAUAAAUGCAUUUUUUGUCCUCAA